GUUGCCAUGCAACCGCCCACCCAGUGCAGCAUCAGCACCUCGCUCUGGGUGAAUGCGGUGCCGCAUUGAACAAAUAUUACGGACACGUGCUACCAUAAUGCGCUGCAUAUAGUCCCGCUGAAAUUGCCUCGGACAACGUUUACAUGGCGCAAAGACUAUAUGUGUGAAUAACACACGUACGCAAAGACUCUUCAAGACUGGCGCGAUUACGUAGUGAUGCUCAUGUCCGGGAUACGGACGGGACGGGAGUCCUCGUGACUGCGGGAGGAAAAGGGGGAGACUACCUAGGAUAAAACUCUCAAAGGGAACACCGUGGCUUUAUAAUUAUUAUUCAAAACAAACGGAUGCAUCAGGGGAGCAACAUAGCGAGCUCUUCACAACAAACGGCCUCCGCGCGCCUGCUUUCAUUUCCUUUUCUUUUCUCUCCGGACACCGUUGUGCUUCAUGAGACGUGUUUUCCGAGUUCAGGUGGGGGCUGCGAGGCUCUCUAGUGGAAACCCGGUGAAGAUACACUUCCAUGUGAGCAGGACUCGUAUUGUGUUAUUCUCCUCCGCGGAGUAGCUAGAAGGCCAAAGCUGCUCUGCUCGGCCUGCUGAAGGCUCUGGGUACCGCAAUGCCGCGGGGAUGGGGAGAGAGAGACGGCAGGUGGGCGAUGGAGCAAGCCAGAUCAAGGGAUAUCGGAGAAUGCAGAUGUACGACGCCAAGAAUAAAUGUUGACUCAACAUAAGUUGAGUUUUAACAGCUGUGGAUGUUAUAGAGACCCUAACUGCAUAUUUAAAUAAGUAUCUUCUUCACAUAUUAAACCGAGUCACAUAUAGUCCCAUAAUUUAGGAAGUAUUUCAGUAGCCAUCAUGCCCUCACCGUCGGACUCCAGCAGCGUGGCCUCGAUGUCAGGGUCUCGGGCUUUGUCCGGUAGUCGCAGAGGGAUGUCUGGGCGGACCAGUGCGCGCGUCCUGCUGUACCUGGGCUUGUGUCACCUUGCGCUGGGGGCCAUGGUGCUGGCCUUCAGCUUCACAAGCCUCGCCUUCACCUCAUCACCCCGUGUCAGACAGUCCUGUCCUUUCUGGGCUGGCUUCUUCGUUGUGGCGUCCGGAGUAGUUGGUGUGAUAUCAUGGAGGAGGCCCUUCACUCUUGUCGUGUCGCUGUUCAUGCUGCUGUCUGCAGUGUGUGUGAUUCUCAGUCUGGCUGGUUCCAUGCUCUCAUGUCAGAAUGCACAGAUGGUCAAAUCUUAUGUUACCUGUCAGAUGGAGAAUCGUCUGUGUCUUUGCUGUGACCCCAAGCAGACAUGCUCUCUAACAGAAGAUGAGACACUAGUGCUCUACCAACAUACAGACUGCCACUCUGUGCGUCACCAGCUCAAGGAUCUGCUGUUCAGUGCCUGCGGUCUUAGUAUUCUCUCUACUAUUAUCUGCACUCUGUCUACGGUCACCUGUAGCAUUCAUAUCUUCUCUCUGGACCUACUGCAUCUACUGGCUCCUCAUCGCUCUCGCUCUGUAAACCCAGAAUGCACCACUCCUCAGGAUGCAUUUCUCAGUAACAUGAUGGACUUUGAGGAGUUUGUUCCACCCAUUCCACCACCACCUUACUACCCUCCUGAAUACACCUGCAGCUCAGAGACCGAUGCCCAGAGUGUCACAUAUAAUGGAUCAAUGGGGAGUCCAGUGCCUCUGUACCCAACGGACUGCCCUCCUCCUUAUGAGGCAGUGAUAGGUCAAAGGGCUCCCAGUCAGGCCACAGUGUAUGACACUCAAGCCGGUGAGCUGUCUGGAGAGAGAGGAACAUCCACAGCAUUCAGUGGUGAAGUGUCAAUGGACAGUGGCUCUCUGUUGAUGUCUGAGAUUGUGGAUAUUCCAGAUGACAGCUCCCCAUCUGAGGACUCCUGCCUCAUGGAAGUGGGUGUUGGUGUGCGUGCACGGCCACGGGGGGGCAGCGAGGGAGGGGAGGGGGGAGAGUACGCCAGCCUCCGUUCUUUCACACAACAUCCUGAGGGAAUGGUAGCUCCUUCCGGAAGACGUUGUUUCAGAGGCGAGAGAUCGAACUCCUGCUCCUCUCCGAGCACGUACCACACCUCUACCUACAGGUCUCCAGUGUUGAGGCGUCAAGCUCUGUUGGCAAGUAGCUGCUCUCAGUUGGAGUUCCUAGCAGGAUCUCAGCAUUCCUCCAUCCCAGAAAUCCGAGUUCGGCCCUGCACACCUUCCCGACGGGACUCCUCAUCUGAAUUUAGUAACCCACCUACCACAGCCCCAACAGGUCCUGCUCAAGACCGGCCGGACCAUACAGUACUUCCGCGGCCAGGUUUACAUGAGCAAAUUGGACGUGAUAGAAAAGACAGCAACAGCUUCUUACCUCUCAUGAGGUCACACAGUGAACCAGGACUCAGCUCUUCAACUGACACAGGUGAUUUCAGUCUCUCAGGAGGCAAUAAAGGAGUCCGUGAGGGGGGAUCGCAGACCUCAUCAGAAACAGGGGUAUUGUCUGGAGCUGGUUUGCUGCCUCGCUCCUCUCUGGCACUUCCUGCUUCCCUGCCCAGAAAAGACAGCAUUAAGGCUAUAAGUAGCCGGUUGCCCUCAAAACAAGUCCCAGCCACCUCGAUGCGUUUACCCAAAGACUGUGCACGCUCACUUGGAGACCUCAAGGUCACCAAAGUUUUAGUGCAACGUUUCCUGCAGAGAUCCAAACGUAACUUAGCCCCUGCAACUGAGCAUACCGGAAACUGUACUCAGGGGCCUAAAAGGAGGACAGCAGGUGAUGGAAGUCUGCCAUUAGAACAGGUACUUCGUAACUCUCUGGGGGCCAACAGGGGGCAGCAGCAGCAGCACGUCCACCACUACUGCCGUGGACACCAUCACUCCUAUAGUGACAGUCGCCAUAAUGCCCGCCGCCAUGAUGACGACCCUGUAAGGGCCGGGGGAAUCCACUUGCGUAGCUGCGGAGAUCUCAGCUCAACAUCCGUCGCAUCACUGCGCAGAAUCCACCCACCGUCACAAGAAUCAUCAGGAGCUCUUUACUCAGAAUCUGCCCUCUGAAAUGGGGCGAGGGACUCUGGAAUAAAUCACAGCUGGAUUCAGGAGAGGGGGCAGAGAAAAUCUGAGAAAAGAAUAACAGGUUUGAGAUGAGGAAUUUAUCCUGCUGAAGGGAUGAUGUGAAGCAUGCUGUUUGAAAAACAGUAUAUGUACCUUCGGUGAAGAUUUUAGCUGUUCUUACCAUAAUAAGACCGAACACUACACCCGAUAUAACAGAGCUUAACCCAUCAGACCCUCUGCUUUCUGUGCCUGACAAACUCCGGUCUUUCUGUUUUGUAUUUCCAUGUAUUUUUUGCUCCAUCUAGUGCUUUUUUCUCGCUCACUGUUUACAUGGAUGUGGAAAGAAUGCAGCACCUCUGACACUGUUCCUGGUCUUCACAGCUCAUUACAAUGCACUCAUGCAACUACAAACAUACAACCCUAUGUUUGGCUGUAACUAUGUUGUGAACUUGGGGGAAUUGAAAGGAAUAAUUAAAGGAAUAAAUUAAAGGAUUUAAAUGGAUUUAAGGGAAUAC